AUGGAACAGCUUCAGUGGCUAACAAAAGGCCUAGGCCCUACUACCACCGCUACCAUGACAUCUGUUAAGUCUACCGCAACUACUGCGACACAGCCAAGUAGCACCAAGGCCGUUUUUGCGCACUACAUGGUCGGCUCUAUGACUUCAGAACAAGCCGUCAUUGAUGUGAAAGAUGCUAUGAACGCAGGAUUCGACGGUUUCGCCCUCAACACCCAUACAAUCAGUGCAUCGGAUACUUGGAAUAUCAAUGCGCUAAACUAUUUAUUUGCGGCUGCAUCUGGAACCAGCUUCAAGUUAUUCGUCUCAUUUGACAUGAGUUGGGGUUUGGAUGUUACGAAGCUUGCGGACUUUUUGGCACCAUAUGCCACCCAAGACGCAUACUACAAAGUCAAUGGCCAAGCCUUCGUUAGCACCUUUACUGGUGGCACUAUCUCCAAUGCGCAAUGGGAUUCUGGGUUCAUUCAGCCUCUAACCUCGACAUAUGGGAUCAAGCCGUUCUUUGUUCCCGACUUUGAUGACUUCUCUGGCUAUCCCAAUGGUGUUUUCAGCGCUUAUCCAAUUCUCAAUGGUGUCUUUAGCUGGGAGACUGCGUGGCCAUCGCCAGGUACUACUCCCACCAACGUCACCAGUCAGGUUGAUUCAGCUGCUUUGCAGCAAGCUCAUGCAGCUGGAAAGGUCUACAUGAUGCCAAUGUCGCCAUUACAAUUCAAGUAUAUGGGCAGCGGCCAGAACUGGUAUCGCAUCGGCGAAGUUAAUCUGCCAGAGCGCAUGGCCCAGGCCUUACAGCUUCAGCCCGACUUCGUGGAAAUUAUUACCUGGAAUGAUGCUGGGGAGAGUCACUAUGUCGGUGACUUUUGGCAAGAACAGAUUGCAGGCAGCAAUAUUGGCAACUAUGCCAACGGGUACGACCACAAGGGCUGGCUGCAGGUCAUUGCGCCGUUUAUCAAAGCAUACAAGGCCGGUGCGACGAGUAUAUCUCAGAUUGUUCCGCCAAGCUCUAAGCCUGUUGGUGCGUUUUGGUACCGCACUCUCUUGACUACUGCUAGCUGCUCUUCUUCGAUUUCUAAUUACCAAUCGGCUCGUGAUGCAACCAACUUUGCUGUUAUCUUGCCUUCUACUGGUUAUACCAUCAAGGUUUAUAGCAACAGCAAACUGAUUGGAAGUUAUGUUGGUCAGAAGGGUUUGAAUUAUAAUAGUGUCUCGGGACUUGCUGUUGGGAGUGGGCAGAUGAUUCAGAUUAUUGAUGAUUCCAAUAACAUUGUUGCAUCGGCGACUGGGACCAAGAGUGUUUUGGCAGAGAGCCCCAAUGCUACCUGCAACUGGAACUAUGAAGUUGUGGGGCUCUCUUGA